GUAUCGUACGCGCACUGCAACUUCACCUCUCAUCCGCCUUCAACAUGUCCAGAUCUCCUAACAGACGCUCUCCCGAUCCUAGCGCGAGCCCCGACGAACACUUUGAGCUUCUCCCAGACGAACAACCUGACAAUCAUCCAGGGCUUCCAACCAAUCAUUUAGACGCUGGCAUGGGAUCAGACGAUAUAGUGAGGCCCGAAGGUCGUAAUGGUGACUACCUUGCUAUGUUAGUAGCGACGGCAGCUAUCACAACAUUGGUUGGGUUGACAUGGCUCAUCCUCCUCGGAAGUGGCCCCUUCUCACUGGGCCUAUUCGCGUGGCAUCCAUUCUUACAGUGCUUAGCCAUAGCUUGUUUCACGUACGGCAUCAUCACGCUCCAGCCUACAUCCCAGCCAAAAACGAAGGUUGCAGGUCUCCAAAGACAUCAGACGGGCAUGUUCCUGUUGGGCUUUCCUUCCAUACUGCUUGGGACUGCAGCUAUCUUCUUUCGCAAGUCGCUGCAUGGAGCUAGCCAUUUUACUACAUGGCAUGGUACUUUCGGCAUCAUAGCCAUGGUGUGGCUCGUUGGCCAGAUCCUUCUAGGUGGUGCAAGUGUCUGGUUCGACGGGAUGGCCCUAGGAGGUGGUAUGCGUGCCAAGAAAGUCUGGAAGUAUCAUAGGUUGUCGGGUUACGUUUUGUUUGUUCUUCUACUCCUGACAGCAUUUCUCGGCGGAUCAUCGUCAACUUGGUCCGUCAACAACAGUCCCGUCAUCAUACGUGUACUUGCAUACUGGAUUGCACCACCGGUGGUAAUCGGCGCCCUCGCUUUGCGGAUAAGAACAUCCAAGAUGAAGCUCACAUAGACCUCUCCGACAUAUCUCGAAUCCCAGAUGGAUUAGACGGAUCGCACGGCAAGAGUGCAACGCUCUUUGAUUUUGGAAGCGGAUUUGGAC